AUGGCCCCCAUUGGAGGCGUAGUCACACAAAGUCUCACUCAGACGAGCGAGCUCAGCGGCGGCAGCAAACUUAAUCCGCACCACCACCACGACGCCGCCCAGAUCGCGCGCAUCUGGAUGAGCAUGCCCGCCAGAUCUGAUCAACAGCAAGCUCCGCUUGUCGCUGCCGCCAGGGACGAAUCCGCCGAGCAGAGGCAGGGUCUCGCCGCCGGAGGACCGGUCAGUCCAGCGGGCGCCGGACCCACACGUGCCAGGGAUCGCCGGCCUGCCGCCGCUGAUCAAACACAGCCUUCUGCGCAGACCAGCAUCACCUGCUCAGCCAACACAGCAGCAGCAGCACCCGCUGGCAUUGCCCGCGCCGAUCCCAAUGACCACAAAUUGUACGACCAGCUGCAGAGCCCGCUCUUCGGCAAACUUCCGGCCGAGCUGCGCUUGCUCGUGUGGGAGCACGCCCUGACGCCGACCGCCGCCAUCGACCGCCCCACCGUCGCCGUGUCGCUGCUCGAGAGCUGCCGUCGCGCCUACGACGAGACCAAGCUGAUGGUGUUCGAGCGCAACCAGGUGCGCGCCCACCUGCUCAAGUCGCCGCCGCCGCCGCCCAGCAACAGCAAGACCACCGCCACCGACCAGCACUGGACCCGCUUCCUCUCGCCCGCGCAGCAGGCCGCCACGCACCUGAACCUGUACGUGCAGCCCGGCGCAUCCAGCUCGUGGGGCUGGAACCUCGUCCGGUGGACGAAGAUGGCAGGCGACUUCGCACCCCACACGCUGCAACUGACGCUCUGGUUCACGUCAUCGGGCGGCUGGUGGGCGCACCACAUGUCCGACAUCUUCAAGAACAUCAGCAGCCUCCGCCGGCCCAUCCGCGCCUUCGUGCUCGAGUUCCGCACCGAGCGCGACCGCUUCGCCGAGUUCGACAAGCGCGUCCAGGAGCUGCGCGACCGCCGCAUCGUUCUGAGCGAUGAGAGGAAGACGGCGCUCGUCUGGGAUGGAGAGCAGCCGAAGUACUUUGAGGGCAGUCGCGUCAUGAUGGAUAGCGCGUUCGGCCGUCCGACGUGGUUGCCCGAGGAUGAGCAGCCCAGGUGGGUGAGCUGCCUGGAUCCGGAGAAGGAGGGCGAGCGCGAGAUGCUUGCUACGGUCAUCAGGUGGGAGGCUGAGUCGUCAGCUUGA